GAUGUUGGGCGGGGUCUGAGUGAGGAUACAGAGAAGGAGAGAAACCAGAAAAACCUCCUGCUGCAAAGAGACAAAAGGAGGAGAAGAAGAAGGACCUGGACACAGACAGACAGAGAGAGAGACAGACAGACAGACAGGCAGGCAGGCAGGCAGACAGGCAGGCAGAGAGACAGACAGACAGACAGACAGAGAGACAGACAGACAGACAGACAGACAGCCGGGAGGAUGGGCCGGCGGAGCGGCCGUCGGUAGCGCUCUGUUUUCGGGCACGGAGCUCCAGGAUGAGCGUAGCGCUGCAGGACCUCCGGAUCACCAUGUCCAGCUAUAAACGAGCUACGUUGGAGGAGGAUGAAGUGUCGGACACUCCAGCGGAGGCAGCCUCGUCUCCUGACAGAGUGGAGGUGGGCUUCAGGAAGGGAGGUGUGGACAUCCUGGGCAGGAGGACUCAGCUGGAGGUGCUGCUGUCGGCGCUGCUGCUGGCUGCCCUGCUGGCUCUGCUGAUCUGCCUGCUGGUCCUGGGACUAGGACUGAGCUCAGACAGUGGGCGCGGCCUGUGCCUGUCGGAGGCAUGCGUCACGGUGGCGAGUCAGAUGGUGGAGGCGAUGGACCGCAGCGCCGACCCCUGCAACGACUUCUACCAGUUCGCCUGCGGAGGCUGGAUGAGGAAGAACCCGCUGCCUGACGGACGGUCGCGCUGGUCCACGUUCAACAGCAUAUGGGAGCAGAACCAGGCACUGCUCAAACACCUGCUGGAGAACGGGACUUUUAACGGCAGCAGCGAGGCGGAGAGGAAGACUCAGUCCUACUACCUGUCCUGCCUCAACACCCAGAGGAUCGAAGAGCUGGGGGCUCAGCCUCUCAUCCACCUCAUCGCCAAGAUCGGGGGCUGGAACAUGACCGGGCCCUGGGAGAAGGAGAACUUCAUGGAGGUCCUGAAGGUGGUUUCUGGUCCGUACAGAGCUCAGCCUUUCUUCACCGUUGGAGUCAGUGCCGAUCCCAAAAACUCCAACAGCAACGUCAUCCAGGUGGACCAAUCAGGGCUCUUCCUGCCGUCCAGAGACUAUUACCUCAACAAGACCGCCAAUGAGAAGGUGCUGGUGGCGUACCUGGACUACAUGGUGGAGCUGGGGAUGCUGCUGGGCGGCGACAGGAGCUCCGCCCAGCUGCAGAUGCAGCAGAUUCUGGAGUUGGAGACGGCGCUCGCCAACAUCACCGUCCCACAGGACCAACGGCGCGACGAGGAGAAGAUCUACCACAAGGUCACCAUCGCUGAGCUGCAGCUGCUGGCUCCGGCCGUGGAAUGGCUGGACUUCCUGUCGUCCUCUCUGUCUCCUUUGGAGCUCAACGACACUGAACAUGUCGUCCUGUAUGCCAGAGAGUACCUGCAGCAGGUGUCCGACCUCAUCAACAAGACCGACCGCAGCCUUCUGAAUAACUACAUGAUGUGGACCCUGGUUCAGAAGAGUGCAGCCAGUCUGGAUCAGCGCUUUGAGAACGCUCAGGACAAACUACUGGAGAGUCUCUACGGGACCAAGAAGCAGUCCUGCACCCCCCGCUGGCAGACCUGUAUCGGGAACACUGACGACACUCUGGGCUUCGCUCUGGGAGCGCUCUUCGUGAAGGCGACCUUCGACAAACACAGCAAAGACAUUGCCGAGGGGAUGAUCAACCAGAUCCGCUCGGCGUUUAAAGAAGCUCUGGACCGACUCCGCUGGAUGGACGACCACACGAGACAAGCUGCUAAAGACAAGGCAGAUGCCAUCUAUGAUAUGAUCGGUUUCCCAGAAUUCAUUCUGGACUCCAAAGAGCUGGACGACGUCUACGACGGGUACGACGUGUCCGACGACAGCUUCUUCAUGAACAUGUUGAACUUCUACAACUUCUCAUCCCGAGUGAUGGCCGACCAGCUGAGAAAGACUCCCAACAAAGACCAGUGGAGUAUGACUCCUCCCACAGUUAAUGCCUACUACAUGCCCACUAAGAACGGCAUCGUGUUCCCUGCUGGGAUCCUACAAGCUCCUUUCUACGCUCACGACCACCCCAAGGCGUUGAACUUUGGUGGGAUCGGGGUAGUGAUGGGUCACGAGCUCACGCACGCCUUCGAUGAUCAGGGUCGUGAGUACGAUAAAGAAGGUAACUUGAGGCCGUGGUGGCAGAACUCAUCAGUGGAGGCGUUUCGUCAGAGAACAGAGUGCAUGACGGAUCAGUACAGCCGCUACACCGUCAACGGAGAACACGUCAAUGGAAAACAGACGCUCGGAGAAAACAUCGCCGACAACGGAGGACUGAAGGCUGCGUACCACGCCUAUCAGUCGUGGGUCCAGAAGAACGGAGAGGAGAAGAGGCUUCCUGCCGUUAACCUGACCAAUGAUCAGCUCUUCUUCGUCGGAUUUGCUCAGGUGUGGUGUUCAGUCCGAACACCAGAGAGCGCUCACGAGGGCCUGGUGACCGACCCCCACAGCCCCCCCCGAUACAGAGUCAUCGGCACGCUCGCCAACUCUCCGGACUUCAGCCGCCACUUCAACUGCCCUUCAGGGACGCCCAUGAACACCGGGAAGCGCUGCGAGGUCUGGUAGACAGACUGAAGAGGACGGGGGUCAGAGGGGGUUAAUUAGCUCAGUCUGUUGAUCAGCAGGUCGGUAUGUUAGUUUGGAAACUUAAAAGUAUAUUGUUGUUGACAAGAUUGUUAAUUGACAGGUGAGUUUCUUAAACAGCCGGCUGGUUAGUGUCUUAAUUAGAGGAGGUUAUUAGGAGGGGAUCAGGCGUUCAUUAGGGGUGUUGCAGGUGUAAUCUUCAGUUUCUCACGUGAAUAUAAAUCUGUUAAUUAGAGACGAUCAGACUUACUUCCUGUCUGGAAACUAAACCGAUUCAGUGGACUUCACACAGACGUGAAGGACUGAUGAUGAAGAUGAAGCCACAUGGGACGAUGUUUCUGCUUUAUCACGUUAUUGAUUAUUGUUAUUAUUAAUGGGCUUUGGUUUGUGUGUGUGUGUGUGUGUGUGUGUGUGUGUGUGUGUUGUAAGAAAGCGCUCUGUAACUCUCUGAUGACAUCACUGUGAUGACCUCACACAAAGUUGAACAGAUUCAUUGAUUAAUUAUUAAAUUAAGGGCCUUUUAAGGCACAAUUUGAGGGGUUCAAAAUUUGAGGGUUAAAUAAUUAAAGAAAUGGUAUUAGGAUAUAUUAUUAAAGGGUUCAGGGAUUAAAAACACCGUGACAAAAAAUAGCAUUUUAGAUUUUUCACCAUAUUUAAAAAUGCCAUUUUAAGGUCUAAUUCUAUCAAUUUAGUUUGUUUUUUAAAACCCUUAAAAUGCUCUUGAACCAUAAUAAUAAUCUAAUCUACAACCCAUUACUAACCCCAUAACAACCCAUUAAAAGGACCUUAAUUACAACAUUAUUAAAGGAUGAGUUCAUGAAAUACAUAUGUUGUACGUUGUAAACAAGUUCAGUGUUAAUUAGCGUCAUCAGUGUCAACAAUAAACGCCUUAAAAAUUAGAAUUAUUAAAAAACUGAAUUCGAAAUGUUGCCUUUAAUUUUUAGAAAAAUGCCUUAAAAUGUUUAAUUAAUUAAUAAAAAAUCCAUUAAUCCUUAAUUCAACACCUUCUUCUAAAUAUAUUAUCCUCUAUCCUUUAUGGCCCUAACAUGUCAUGAAACCUUCAUUGCAUUAGUGUUUAUGGGUAAAUUGUGUUUCAAAAUGUGCCCCUUCAUUUAAUCCUUAAAAGUACUUUAAAUUCAGGGUUCACCCCAAAUGGCAUUAAAACCCUAACCCUGAACUUUUACCUGAACUGAAAUUGUACGGCCAUUUUAAGGUAAAUUAAGAAAGGCGUCAUGUUUUAUCAUUAUUAUCUGCAGUUUUAAGGGAGGAUUGAAGAAUCUAAAGAAUAUAAAUGUUGUACUUAUAACCACUCUACAUGUAAACCCACUGUAACCAUUAACGAGAGUUCAGGUGAGGUGAGAAACAAAAGAGCGCCUUAAAAAUCUGACUGCGUUAUGAAACUGCCUUUUAAAUUAACGCCUUAAAAUCAACUCUCACAGAAAAAAAAAUCCUACUUAGUGUUUAAAUCUCUACAACAUAAAACCCCCAACCUCAGAUGGGCAUUCUUAGUUAAAGCAGGGAGGGGGCAUUCAGGAACCAAAAUGAACGUGGGACGUUCAGGGACAAAAAUAGAUAUGGGGCAAUCAGGAGCUAAAAUGAGCGUAGCGUUUCGAAAGGUUCUGGUUUCAUCCCGCACAGCUUUUGUUUUUGUUUUUAUUUUUCACUGAAGUCCCAAAUGUUUUGCUUUUAAAUAUGGACCCUGAACAUCACACGGCUCCCUGUGUUGUUGGAGCCUCGAGAGAAAUCCAAAUAGUUUAGAAGAUUAUAUUACAGAAAUAAAGUUUAUAACAUAGAAUAUUUAUUGUGAAACGUGUUUCAGUUACAUCACAGAUUAACAUCAGUUUUAAAACAUUAGUUUCAAGACAUGUUACCUCAACUACAUUACCCACAAUCCUCUCGCUGUACAGUGCAGGGACCUGCCGCUGACCGCAGGAGGAGCUGCUCAAUCAGCUGAAACACAAACUGAAUAUUCAGAUAUUAAACACUGUGUGUGUGUGUGUGUGUGUGUGUGUGUGUGUGUGUGUGUGUGUGCGUGCGUGCGUGUGCGUGUGUGUGCGCUUUGCCUCCUGAUGACAUCACUGUCCAAUCCUGUGCAGCUCCUUGUGUGUGUCGUUGUUUGUUCAGCAGAAGAAGCUGCUUCCUGCCAAAGACGUGUGUGUGUGUGUGUGUGUGUGUGUGUGUGUGUGUGUGUGUGUGUGUGUGUACAGUAGACGACAGUAGAUCUGAUGUAGAAUAAACUUCUGCUUGUUGAAAACUCUGUCUGCUCUGCUCGUCAAAUCAGAGCGCUGCGUUACAAACAUAAUAAACAUAAUAAAACAGA